AUGUGCCUUUCCUCUGUGCCGAUCGGUUUCAAAACUUUGCACGAUUACUCUAUAGGGAAAAAUCGCAGACGAGGAAAGAACGAGAACGAUGAUGACAAACGCGAGCUUGUUUUUAAAGAGGAUGGACAAGAAUAUGCCCAAGUGAUAAAGAUGCUUGGCAAUGGACGUCUCGAAGCGCAGUGCUUUGAUGGCGAGAAACGAUUAGCUCACAUCCGAGGGAAGAUGCGCAAGAAGGUGUGGAUCAAUCAAGGGGAUAUCAUAUUACUGUCGCUGCGUGAUUUUCAGGACGACAAGGCAGAUGUGAUCGUCAAAUACACCGCUGAUGAAGCUCGUAAUCUCAAAGCCUACGGCGAACUGCCAGAAAAUGCCAAGAUCAAUGAAACUGAUCAGUUUGGUGAGGAAGACGGAGAAUGCACCUUUGAUUUCGGUGAAGAUGGUGGAGACGUCGAUAUUGACGACCUCUAGUUUCCCUUCUCGCGUCUCUACGAUGUUAACGCCUCUCCACGUGCACUAAUCAGAAUUUCUAACAUUGCACAACGCCAGGGCAUUUCUCGUUACGCUGCAGAAUCGGGCUAUGGAUCUUCCGGUUUAACUCUUUGUGAGUCUCAACAGUGGAUGUGAUUGGCUUCGAUCUUGGCAUGUUUGGGGUGUUCAUCUAGUGGAGUCUUCACGGUCUCACUGGCUAUCCAAAUUCUUUUAUUUGUUGUGGGUCAAACGAUGAAGGAGAGGUGGAAAUCAAACGAAGAUUCGAAUUUUGAGCCAUGAGGGAGGAUGGUGUUGCGUUCAGCGGUAUCAUUUUGCUUGUACAACAAGGAAACAUCCAUUGUAACUGAGGUUUGUAGCUCUCGACUCUCCGUGAAUGAGUAAAUGAC